UGAAGAGUAUCCUUGAAGAUGUCAACGCUGGGUGACCCAACAAGGCUUCAGGAACCGUGAGAAGCUGUGAAGGUAAAGCUCCUGGUGACAGUAUGACUGAGAAGAGGCACUAACAUCUGAGUAACUCCAGACACCACACACAGAAAGAGAACAGGUGCAUCUUGAGCGAAACCAAUCAGAAGAGUCAUACCUGGUGAAAAUGGAGUCCGCUUUCUCACGCGUGAUGUGGGAACCUGAGGAAGAAGCCGAAGAGCUCUCUCCGAGAGGUCUGGGAUUGCGUCGCAAACGGGAAUUCAUACCUGAAGACAAGAAAGAUGCAACCUACUGGGAGAAACGCCGCAAGAACAAUGAAGCAGCGAAGCGCUCGCGAGAGAAGCGAAGGGUCAACGACUACGUGUUGGAGAAUCGAUUGGUUUUGUUGAGCGAGGAAAACGCUCGUCUGCGAGCCGAGCUGUUGGCUCUGAAGCUUCGAUACGGUUUGCUUAACCCUGGGACGCCCUAUUCCCUAUCUCAAAGAUCUCUAUCUCAGCUUCACACUUUGGUGCCACAACCUUUGGUUUCUUGCCCAGACAAAGACCUCUACUGGAGUAGACGGCAAGAUAGAGAGGCUUCUAAUCUAUCGGGGAACCAACAAACAUCCCUCUGUCUUGGCACCCACCCCGGGUCGGCAUUCCUGCCCACGCAUCCUAUAGCCAUACGAAGAAACCACCCAUAUCUCCUAGACUUCCCCAGCCUCCAUUCUACUACAGCUGCACCUUUACUCUUUCCUCCACACCUUGCCCCAGCAGCAGCACCUUGGGCAGGACAGUCCCUGCUCCAGCCAGGGAAUCAGAGGAUUUUGUCGGACGAGGAGGGCGAGCAGCAGGUGCCAGCGGAUUCUAGCACCGCCCUGCCCCAUAAACUAAGACUGAAAACGCAAAACUCUCAGCGCAAAGAUAACAGAGAUAAAUCUACGUCUCCAAAUCCAGCAUACAUGUCAGAUUGAAAUCAAGCUCUGACUCAGUAGUUAUGAGUCAUUCUAUUCAUUUUUGAUAAUUGAACAUUGGCUAUAUUCCAGGAAGAUAUAAGAAAUAUUUCUUUGAUCAAAAGGUCACAUAUUCAGAUAAAGUUUCCGAGAUACAUUAAUAGAGUCAAUAUUUCCAUCAUUGAGGUUUAAAGUGGCAAACUUGAAUUGGGAUAAUGAUGCACAUGUGUUUACUAAUUUUUGUUUUAUCUUUAAUAUAGACAGGAAAGUAGGGGGUGAGAGAAAGAGAACAGGAUUUUAGGAAUAGAAAAAGGAAUUGACCGAAGUUGGACUCGAACCAUUCACUCUGCCAUAACUUUCACAAUCACUCCUUUGUGAAUGCAUUUAUGUAUGUAUUUGGCAACGGGGCUCUCAAGUUAUAGCGAAAGUUUGGAGUGAGAUUAGGGGAGGGGCCACGCAAAGGGGAGGAGUCACUCAAAGGGGAGGGGCAAGUCAAAGGGGAGAAGCAACUCAAAUAUUUGCAGCACCUAAGUUUUUGCUAGCAGUUAAAUUUUACCUAUUGUUCAUAAUUGACCAGCACAAAUAGAAGUUAUAACAUUUGGCAAAUCCGAUGAAAGACAAAUUCAUUCUAAUAACAUAAAAAGAUUUAUGUAUUUAAAAAUACAAAUGUAUCAAAAAUAAAAAGAAAUUUUGCCUCAAACGAGCCAACUGAACAGCAGUACUCAAUGUACAUACUGUACACACAUACAUUACAGUACUUACCCUGAGUGUGUAUGUCAAACUGUGUGUGUGAGAGAGACAUUUUGAAGCCUGAUGACAGAGGUAGAGGACUCCCACAUAAAGCACUGUCACGAUAAUAGCGCCAGAGCCAAACUGUUUCUAGUUUUGGUUUUGUUCAAACCCACCAUAAAAAACACACUGCAUCUGAAUUUGAAUUUGGGGAAGCCUCAGUGCUUUAUAUGGGAGCCCCCUACCCCUGUCAUCAAGGCAUCAAGAUGUGCUACAAACACAACAGAAAAAAAAAAUUCAUAAGCUGAAAUGUGUUCUCUCUCUCUCUCUUUCACACACACACACAGAGAGAGAGAGAGAGAGAGAGAGCUUGACAUACAUGUUCAGGACAACUGUAAUCCUAUUGUGUUUACAGUAUGUACAUUGAGCACUGCUGUUCAGUUGGCAUGUUUGGGGCCAAAUUUCUUUGUAUUUUUGAUCCUUUUUUAAAUAUGUAAAACAAUUUAUUUUAUUUGGAUGAAUUUGUCUGUCUUUUCUUUUUAUUUUUUUCUUUAACAAUUUAUUUUAUUCACCAACUGUUAUAACAUCUCUAGUACUUUCCUUUCAGGAAGCCAAAGCUAAGUUAAAGCUUCUGGUUGCAAAGCAGUUGUAGAGGUUUUUUUUUUUUUUUUGACUGCAUCAAUAAUACUUCAGCACGAAUUUGGCUAUAUUCCCCAACAUCAGCUCUCACUAUCUUUUCACAGGCAAGAGAUUUCGUAGAGGAAUCUUAAAAUCGAAAAAAUAAAUGAAGGGGUUACCUACAGCAUUCAUCGGAUCUUUCUCUUCCAAUUUACACUCCAUGUGCGCGCGCAUCGAUGUUGCUUAGUAACGAACCAGUUUGAGGCAAAGCAAACAACAACAUCCUAAUUUCUGAUUGGCUGGUAGGUGGCAUUUAACUCUGUAUAACUCGAGAGUCGAGAGAGCUAUGAACUCGGCAGAAAACUUACCUCCGUAUUCCCUCAUCUAUUCAUUGUAUAUUAAUUGUAUAGUAAUUGUAGCGGGACAAGGGAGAAAUACAAGGUGUGGCGUGAGAGCGUGUGAACUGGUUGAAAUGCCUGAGACUUGAGAGCCCUGUGGCAAGUUGUAUUAAGUUGUAUGAUCAAUCAUGUAUCUGGCAGAUGCUUUUACCCAAAAGCAACUUACAUUGCAUUCAAUAUAUACAUUUUAUCAUUCAUGCAUUCCCUGGAAAUUGAACCUUGGUGUUGCUAGUGUCACGAUGCACUGUUUGAGCUAAAGGAAUGCUACCUACUUGUUUAAUUCAGAAUAUAACCUAUGUCUGAUUUAAUUUCGCCUCUGGUGUCAGACUGACAUUUGCAAAUUUGACAGAUGCUUUAAGCAACUUACAUUGCAUUCAAACUAUACAUCUGAUUAUGCGUUCCCCAUUACCGAUGCAAUGUAUUACUGAUUUGAGCUACAGAAUGGAUACUUUUGAGACCUAAAAGCAGCUAUUAACAAAAUUAAAGGCACAACUGAAAAAGAAGUUGGAUCUGUACACAUGAUAAUAUAUUGUAUGUAUUAUAAUCCAAAGAACAAAUACUAAAAUACUAAUGGCAUCUCAAAAUGUGAAUAUGGGUGUCUGAGAGGCCAAAAAGAGUAACUGCUUAACCACCAAUCAGAUGCAUGCAACAGAGACCAAAUGAGAUUUUAGGGAAACUCACCACGCCUUAAAGAGUCUGAAAACAGGGGAUAAGAGGAUAUUUCUGAAAUCACUUGAUCCAACUGGUGAAGGCAGCAUGUUUGUACUUUUAUUUGACUUUCUUUUUGCCUUGUCAUGUGACAUCUCAGCACGAAGUAAGGUCAUCUGGGACCUCUGUGAAAACAAUUGCUUGCUUGUUACUCAAAAGUUAAAGAUGUGAUCACGCAAUAAGUGGCCUGUAUUUUCUGUUCUUGUUGAAAUUCAAACUGCAUAUGAACCAGCACAACACAUGAACAUACAGUGCCUUUGCAGAGUAUACCUGCUGUAAACUAGUUUUAAUUCAAUCUCAUGUUUUAUUUUUAACUGCACAAUAUAUUUUUGAAAGAAUUACACGGUGCUGAUCUUUGAUGAUGAUGAACUCUUGUUCAAUUUAUAGCAUACGGUUUUAGACAUGGACAUGUGGACUGACUGCUCAACAAAACCAACUCAGGAGUUUUGCUUCUGUGAUCAUUGGCCAAAAUGCCUUCUUUUUAACAUUUUAAUUUUAACAUUGGUUUCUUCACAUCAGUAACCUACCUCCAUUCUCCAGUUUGUACAAUUUGUUAAGUCUCCUGAACUGUUGAUAUCAAAACACCUCUAAAUUCAGUAUUUCAGGGGCUGCGAAGAGCCAUUUUGAUAGUCAUUUGAACUUGUUCAUAAGAAUCUGAACUGCAUUCAGUGCCACUUGCAUUCAGGAAUUGUUCAAUGGAUUUAGCAAUAAACAGGCUAAGUUCUUGUUAAAUGCUUGAAGACAAAUGUGUUCCUAUGCUAACAUGCUAGCAACAAUAACUGCUGACAAACUAUUAGCUGUUAUGCUAAUUAACAAAUCUGAAACCGACUGUUUUACCUUGUGUUAUUGACUAAUUUUCAUUUAGAUCUACAGAAUGUAAUUGACUUUUGCCUACAUGCUUUUUAGCUUCACAUUACAUUUAAUGAAAUAUGCAUGUAUUAUAGAUUUACAAACAAAAGCAGAAAUUACAAUUAGCUAAAAAUCGUUUACCUUAAGUCUUCGCUUUAUCAUCAGAUCAUUGAUCCCUUUUUGCAAUCAUAAUGGAUUACAAGCAAAAAUACAUAAAUAAUAAUAAAUAGUAAUCCAAUUUCACUUGCACUCAUUUGCAUAUAUGCAUUUAGCAGACACUUUUUUGCAAUGUUUUGUCCUGAAUUAUUGAACUUGAUUAUGGUGUUGCUAGUGUCAUAUACUAACAGCUAAGCUACACGAGUACUUAAAUUACAUACAUUUUAUAUAUUUUUAAACACUUUUUGUCUGUUUUAAAAAAAGAUGUUCUUUUAUUUCAGUCUUUUGUUCAUCUGCAUUAAGUUGUAUGAUCUUCAGAAUGUUAUCAUUUUUAGAAUA